AUGAUUAAUGCGUUUGCCAAACCUUACAGUCAGCCGCUGGCGUGUCAAGCUGGUUUGGACAUAUUGAAAAAAGGUGGGAACGCUGCUGAUGCGGCCGUUGCCGUAGCGGCGACUUUAAAUGUUACAGAGCCAUCAUCAACGGGAAUCGGGGGAGAUUGUUUUUGCCUUUAUUAUGAUGCAAAAACAAAAAAGGUUGGUGCAUUAAAUGGCUCGGGACGAUCACCUGCCAAGCUUACAUUAGAGUAUGUUCAUAUCAAUGCGGCGACUGUUCCUGGUGCUGCAGCAGGUUGGGUUGACACAAUUAAUUGGUUCGGAAGUGGCAAACUUAGCCUUAUCGAAAUUUUGCAGCCUGCUAUUGAUUUGGCAGAAAAAGGAUUCCCGGUUUCGGAAAUAAGCUCCUCGAUGUGGAAGAAUGAGCAAGAUCUUUUGGAAAAGACAUGCUAUUAA